AUGUUUGUGUUUGAGGCUCGGUCUCUGGAGGAGAAGCAGCUCUGGGCUCAUCACAUCAAACGCAUCAUUUUAGAAAAUCACCAGAACCUGAUCCCCCAGAAAGCGCAGGAUUUGUUUCUGGAGCAGAAUCCGUUCUGUCGGCUCAAAUACAGCUCCGAGGACCGGCUCAAGUCCUCUCUGCACCGAGUGAGGAGUGGGUCUACAGAACGAGACCGGACCAAACCAGGACCAACUGAGACCACGGGGACCUCAGAACCAGACCAGAACCCAGACCUGGAACAGAACCAGGACCCAGACCUCCAGGAGCCUAAAAGAUCUCCACCCAGAAACCAGGAUCUGGAUCUGGACCAGGGACUAGACCAGGAUCUGAACCAGGCUCUGGACCAAGGGCUAGACCAAGGACUGAACCAGGACUGGGACUGUCGGCCCCUGACGUCUGAGACCGAGUCAGAGGAAGACCUGCUCUCAGAACCGGUCCUAGACCGGACCCGGACCAGGACUCUGUGCUGGACUUCACCCAGACCGGGCAGACCCAGCUGGACCGGGUCCCCCAGACCCGCCUGGACCCCAGAUCCAGUCCCAGUCUCUGGUCCAGAUCUGGGCUCUGGUCCAGACUCAGGCUCUGGUCCAGACCCGGUUUCUGGUCCAGACCCGGUCUCAGGUCCAGAUGAGGACUCUGUGGAGAACAUCUUGAGGAGGCGGGACUCCAGCCUGUCACUCAAAGACCGGCUGCUGAUGGAGAAGAUCCGGACUUACUACGAGACCCAAGUCCCGACCAGGACCCGGACCAGGACCACGAGGAGGGACAGUCUGGACCACAUCCCCCUGGGCCUGGUCCAGACCUCGGUCUACAGGAUCAACUCAGAGAAACCCGGCUCCGAGUCCAGGACCCGGACCGGACCAGAACUGGAUCAGGAUCCACCAAAGACCGUCUCAGUCCCAGAGUCCGGACAGAAUCCAGAACAAGAACCAGAACUGGACCCAGAGCAAGAACCAGGACUGGACCAGGACCGGUCUGAGAUGAUCCAGAUCUGGAGAGAACUCGACCGACAAAACCAGAUCAAAACCAGAAGGACCAGACCAAGAGCCUCUUCAUACAGUUGUGAGGCGGAUGAUGAGGAGGACCAGACUCAGUCCAAAGUCCAGGUUUUGGUUCGGAGGUACAGCCUGAAGACCAAGACCAGGACCAGGACCAGGACCAGGACUCUCCCUUCCCCCGGCAGGUCCAGACCAGGUCUAGUCCAGACCCGAGUCCCACAGAACGACCGUGUGGAGGACAGUGAUUGGUCAGAGAGUCGACACCUGAGCUCCAAGAACAGAUCUCUAGAUGCUCAGAUGCCUCAGGACCAGACCCAGGAUUCAGACCAGGACUUGGACUCGGACCAGGACCGCAGAGUCUGUGUCCUGGACGUCACCAGGAGCUUUGAGUCCAAAUGUUCUGGAACCUUCAGAGAAACUGAAGAUCUCCAGAAGCUCAGAGAGAAGAAGGUCUCACCGGGACCUGCCCAAGACUCUGGACCAAGACCAGACCAGAGACCAGGACCUCAACCAGGACUUAAACCAGACCAGGAUUCAAGACUGAACCAGGACUCAGGACUGAACCAGGACUCAGGACUGAACCAGGACUCAGGACUAAACCAGGACUCAGGACUGAACCAGGACUCAGGACUAAACCAGGACUCAGGACUGAACCAGGACUCAGGACUGAACCAGGACUCAGGACUGAACCAGGACUCAGGACUGAACCAGGACUCAGGACUAAACCAGGACUCAGGACUGAACCAGGACUCAGGACCGACUGUGGACGAGGUGAGACUCAGAUUUGAAGGAAAACUCAAAACUACAAAUCCACGAAAAGAAAAAUUUAACAGAAAUAAAACUGGAUCUGAGACAAAACCUGGACCAGACCAGAGACCGGACCAGAGACCGGAUCAGAGACCGGAUCAGGGACCAAACAAAAGACCAGACCAAAGACAAGACCAGAAACCAGAUCAAAGACCAGACCAGAGACCAGACCAGAAACUGGACCAGAAACCGGACCAGGGACCAAACAAAAGAACGAAUCAAAGACCGGACCAAAGACCAAAUCAAAGACUGGAACAAAGACCGGACCAAAGAGCAGACCAAAGACCAGACCAGAGACCAGAGCAGAGACCGGACCAAAGAGCAGACCAAAGACCGGAUCAGGAACCGGACAAGAAACCAGACCAGAGUUCGGAGCAGGGACCAGACCCAAAGUCCAGGGAGAGGUUUCUGCGAGCCAAAGAGAGAUUCAACAUGAAACCAAACCAGGGACUGGACCAGAGACCAGACCAGGGACUGGACCAGAGACCAGACCAGGGACUGGACCAGAGACCAGACCAGAGACCAGACCAGAGACCGGACCAGAGACCAGAUCCAAACAUAAGUCUGGAGUUUGUGAAAAAUAAAUUUGAUUCAAAAGACACAACAAAACGUCAGAAGAAAAGAGACAAACCAGGACCAGUCCAAGUCCCAGUCCAAGUCCCAGACCUGACCACCGGACCUGACCCAAAUCCUGGACCAGACCAGAACCAGGACCAAGACCAAGAACAGGGUCUAGUCCAGAUCCGGUCUCCCACAAGUCGAGAAAAGAUCUGUGUUUGGGCCGUUUCAGAACGACGCAGAAUCUACCAGAAACAAACCCAGUCCAGACCAGAGACCAGACCAGGGACUGGACCAGGGACCAGAUCAGAGACCGGAUCAGGAACCAGAACAGAGACCAGACCAGGGACCAGACCAGGGACCAGACCAGAGACCGGACCAGGGACCGGAUCAAGAACCGGACCAGGAACCAGCCCAGGGACCAGAUCAGGGACCAGACCAGAGACCAGACCAGAGACUGAACCAGAGUCUAGAUCUGAGUCCAGACGAGAUUCUAGAGACCAGAACCAGAAUGAGCCACUAAACGUCAACCGGGUCAGAGCCCUCAGGCAGAGGUUCCAGGACUAAACCAGGACUAAACCAGCUCUAAACCAGGACUAAACCAGGACUAAACCAGCUCUAAACCAGGACUAAACCAGGACUAAACCAGGACUAAACCGGGACUAAACCAGGGCUAAACUGGGACUAAACCAGGACUAAACCAGGGCUAAACCAGGACUAAACCAGGUCUAAACCAGGACUAAACCAGGACUAAACCAGGACUAAACCAGGUCUAAACCAGGACUAAACCAGGUCUAAACCAGGACUAAACCAGGACUAAACCAGGACUAAACCAGGGCUAAACCAGGUCUAAACCAGGACUAAACCAGGACUAAACCAGGUCUAGAUCAGGUGUUUUAGUUCAGAGUAAAUGUAUAUUUUUAAAUGUUUUAGUGUUUUGUUUGUGUGAAAAUAAACCCUGUUUGUUUUGUCAGUGAAAGUUCAUCUCGGUUCUUCCUGUUGUUGUUUUAUUUAAUUAUUAACGUGAAUCACGUAACUGUGAUCCGCCUCACUGCGCCCCCUGCCGCCCCAGACCAGAACUGCAACUGUCAGCA